AUGGACGCAACCCAGACCACAGUCGUUACUGUCAUGGGCCAGAUCGGGGCCUUGAUUGGCAGUUGCACAAUCGGGUACAUCAGUACAUUCUUCGGUUGGCGUCUGACUAUGUCCGUCUCUUGUGUUUUGGGAGGCGCCAUCAUCCUAGCGUAUAUCUUGCCACGGAAUAUGUCCUUUGCAGCGUAUGCCAUUUUUGAGCAGUUCUUCGUUGGUGGAGUUUGGGGCCCAACGCCAAUUCAUCUCAUCGAGCUCUCGUCGGUUGCUCUCCGAUCUCUUAUGGUCAGACUGACCUAUCAGCUUGGUGAUCUUAGAUCUUCCGCCUCAGCCACGAUCCAGUUUAUCAUUGGCGAGCGAUUCCCGCUACCACCCGGGCUCAAUGGCAAGGCGCGGUUCAAUGAUGGCAAUGUCAUUGCCAGUUUCAUGGAUGCGGCCCGGGCCUUUACCUUAUUCUUUCUGUUUUGGGGACCUGAGAUGUCCCAGGAAGAGCGUGACGAAGAAGCCGAUGCCGCUCUGUACUUGGAGAGACUGCGCCAGCAAGGUGUCAGUUUGGCAGAAAUCAGACAGAAUCAGUCCAAGAAUGGCAAUAUUCUUGAUAAAGAUGGAGAAGUGGAUAAAGCCCAAAGUGAGCACAUUGCCUAG